AUCUUAUGCUCAUCUGGCAUCCUCAACUUUAAAUGAAUUUAACUUGGAAUUUUGAUUGAAAUUUUGGUUUAGUGAUUAUUUUUAAAGGUUCUUUCCCAUGAAACUUUUAAGAUGCUGGUAUUAAUGAAGUGUAAAAGCAAUAUCUUCGAAAACUAUAUAGGAUCAAAUUUCUUUUGAUUUGUUUAAAAAUUGAACAGUUGAAAAUUUUAUAAGUUGUUCCAUGUUCUAUUUAAUCAUAUCUAUCUUCAGGGAGUAUCUUCCAAUUGGAGGAUGCAACAACAUGGAUGAGGAAACACUGAAGCUCGCAUACGGUGAAGAUUCCGACUUGAUUAAAGAUAAACGAAUCGCAGCAAUACAGGCUCUUUCCGGCAUUGGCGCAUGCAGACUUUUUGCCGAUUUUCAAAAACGGUUUUCCCCUGAUUCCCAGAUCUGUAUUCCAGUCCCUACCUGGUCCAACCACCAUAACAUAUGGAGAGAUGCAAAUGUACCACAAAGAACAUUCCAUUAUUUAUCAUCCAGAAUCAAAAGGCUAGAAGAAAGGAAUCAGAGAUCUAAAAGUGGUGAGUCGCAAGUAUGUUCAUACUCAUAAACUUCUUAUGUUCUU